UCGUUCCCACUGCCUUUCCCUUUGAUUCCCUCUCACCCACAUUCCGUCAACAUCUCCAAAUCCCUCUCACGCCACUGCCCUUCGAUCACUUGCUAUCUGGAUCUCUUCCACUGCCGCUCGCUGUUGUCAAGAUCUCAUCUACCGCUAGCCGCUGCUUCUGUUCAGAGCCUUUUCAUACCCAUUACCAGAAACAUGACAACAGCAAUUGCCAAGUUUGCUCACUUACAAAUCCCACUUGAAGACGUAGUAAAGGCCACCGACAACUUUGCUGAUGAUAACAUCAUCGGACGCGGUGGAUUGGGACGUGUAUACAAAGGACAACUCCAGCGGUCCGGGGAGUUGAUCAAGAUUUCUGCGCUGAGGUUAGAUCGUAAGCAUGGUGGAGGAGUCGUCGAGUUCUGGACCGAAGUUUCAAUGCUUUCAGAUCUCAAGCAUCCAAAUAUAGUCUCUAUUGUCGGAUUUUGUGAUGAACAACAUGAGAAGAUCAUUGUGACCACGUAUGAGGCCAAAAAUGGAAGUCUCAAGGAGCAUCUAAGCAACCCGAACCUCACAUGGACGCAAAGAUUGAAGAUAUCUGUAGACGUGGCUCGUGCGUUGAGUUACCUCCAUUAUAACGAGGGACGUGGCUAUGGUGUUAUACAUCUUAACAUCAAUAGCUCCACAAUUUUAUUAGACGAGAACUGGGAACCCAAGUUAUCCGGUUUUAAAGUUUCCAUCAAACAAUCGCUUAACCGAAUGAACCAGGUCAUCCUUUCUGAACCUAUUGGCACAAUAGGGUAUGUGGACCCGGAAAUUGAAAAGACCAAAGGUGUGACCUACAAGUCGGACAUCUACUCAUUCGGUGUCGUCUUAUUUGAAAUAUUGUGCGGGAGGAAAGCAUUUGUUCCGAAUGAUGCUAAUAGGCUACUAGCUCCAUUGGCCAUAUAUCACUAUGAAAAAAAAAUGCUAAAGGAGAUAAUCCAUCCUGCUCUAUGGAAUCAAAUGUCUCCGCAUUCACUCAAAAGAUACUCAAAAGUAGCAUAUUCUUGCAUAAAUGGGGAGCGAAGAAACCGUAUGGAUACAAACAAUAUUGUCAACGAACUUGAGGAUUUUCAACUUCAACAAGUUCAACGUUUAAAUCUUAUAGAGAACUUGAAACACUUGAAGAUUCACCUUAGUGGCAUAAAAUUGGCCACCGAUGAUUUUUCAGACACAUACAAAAUUGGCGUUACAGCAUACUGUAAUUUGUAUAGAGCAACUUUUGAUUUUGAAAAAACUUCUCCCAUAGAAGCGAUGAAUAAAGGUGAACCACUCAAGAGACACAACAUUGUGCUUAUAAAACGCAUACUUUCUAGAGACGAUGAGCAAGGAGAAGGAGUAUUUUUCACAGAACUUGAAAUGCUUACUAGUGUUAAGCAUCAUAACAUAAUCACUCUACUUGGAUUUUGUGUUGAAGGUUCGGAGAUGAUCCUUGUCACUGAGAAUGUUUCUAAUAGAUUCCUUGGUGAUCAUUUGGGAAACGUCAAUGACAUGCGUAUUUUGACGUGGGAAAAACGUUUGAAAAUUUGCAUUGAUGUUGCACACGCAUUGAACUACCUUCACUCAGAGAUGGAAGCCCAAAAGAUUGUAAUAAACCGUGAUAUAAAGAGUGACAACAUUGGGUUAGACGAGAAUUUGAGGGCAAAGAUUGUUGAGUUUGGGUUUUCUGUAUUCUUGCCUCCAAAUCAAAAAUGGCGAAGCUCUACAUCUCACAAACAUUGCUGGCUCAUAUUACUACAUAGAUCCCGAAUAUGAGAAGAGUGGUACAUUAAAAAGAGAAUCAGAUGUUUAUAGUUUUGGAGUAAUUUUGUUUGAAAUUUUAUGUGGAAGACUAGCCUAUGACCCGAUUUACGUUAAUGAAGGUGACAAAGGGCUAGUAUCUGUGGCAAGACAAAGUUACAACACUGGAACACUAGAGAACAUAAUAGAUCAUAUAAUAAUGGAAGAAAUUGGUGAAAGCAGUUUUAUUCCUAAUAAAGGACCCAACAAGGGUUCUCUGGAAAUAUAUAUUGAAAUUGCAAACCGGUGUGUAGCAGCAACUCAAGCCGAACGUCCAACUAUGAAAGUCGUCGUUAAGGAACUUGAGAAAGCAUUAUUUAUUCAAAUGAGCCAGGGGGAUCAAGUGCAAGGCUCAGAAACAGACCACGCUGUCAGUAAACUUGAGAAAACAUUGGAACUUCAGUUGAAUGAAGAGAACAAUCAUGAGGAGCAAACACAACGUCCAAAUACGACCCAAGUAAUUGCUAAACCUAAGGAAGCAUUGGAGCUUCAAUCAACGCAUGAAAUUCUAGUGGGGAAGAACUUGGAACACUUGAAGAUUCCUCUCACUCAUAUCCAAUCAGCAACCCAUUAUUUCUCACAGGAAUACAAAAUUGUAAAUUUCCCAGAAGAGGACUAUGCUUUCUACAGAGCAGAACUCGAGCAUUAUGAUAAAGAGAAUCCAUCAUCCAAGAGACACAACACUGUACUUAUCAAACGCUACCCCCCUUCUGGAAAUCAGUGGUAUGGAGAAAAAGAGUUUCUCACAGAAAUAGAAAUUCUUUCCGGUGGAGUUAAGCAUCCCAACAUAGUCAAUAUGCUUGGAUUUUGUUUUGAAGAGUCUGAGAUGAUCCUUGUCAUUGACAAUUUUUCUAAUGGAUUUCUUGGUGAGUAUUUGGUAAACCUCAAAGACAAACGUGUUUUGACUUGGGAAAACCGUUUGAAAAUCUGCAUUGAUGUUGCACACGCAUUAAGGUACAUUCAUUAUGAGAUGGAAGACCAGAAGAUGAUAAUAAACCAUGAUAUAUAUAGGUACAACAUUGGGUUGGACGAGAAUUUCGAGGCAAAGAUUGUUAACUUUUGGUGGUCCGUAUUCUUGCCUCCAAAUCAAGAAGAUGAAGCUCUCUAUCUCAAUAAUGGUAUUUGCAGACUGUGCUACAUAGAUCCAGAAUAUGAGAAGACCCAUAAGUUAAAAAAAGAAUCAGAUGUUUAUGGUUUUGGAGUAGUCUUGUUUGAGAUUCUUUGUGGGAAGUUAGCCGAUGACCCAAUUUACCUAAAGGAGAGUGACAUAGGGCUGGCCCAUGUAGCAAGACGAAGCUUCAGCACAAGAUCACUAGAAGAGAUGAUAGAUCCCGUAAUAAAGGAAGAAAUUGGUGAAAACAAAUUUGUUCUAAAUAGAGGACCCAACAAGGAUUCUUUGCACACGUUUAUUACAAUUGCACACCAAUGUGUGGCGGAAACUCAAGACCAACGCCCAACAAUGAAAAUCAUAGUCAAGGAACUUGAGAAAGCAUUAUUCUUUCAAAACAACAACAAGGAUAACCCCAAAAUGUCACUUGAAGAAAUAAAACGGGUGACACAAAACUUUCACGAUGACAAUUUCAUCGGUGGGGGAGGAUUUGGUAAAGUCUACAAAGGAAACCUUCAUGAUGGAGAUGGAAUUAAAACCAUUGUUGCAAAGCGAUUGGAUACAAGGUUUGGUCAAGGAGAACAACAAUUCUUUAGUGAGCUCCAAAUUCUUUUGGAGUAUAAUCAUGAGAAUGUCGUUCGUCUUGUAGGCUACUGUGAUGAAACUGAUGAAAAAGUCCUUAUCUAUGAGUAUUUGUCCAAGGGAAGUCUUGAUAGGUAUUUGAAUGAUACUUCUCUUACAUGGGUGAAACGACUUAAUAUAUGCAUUGAUAUUGCAAGAGCGUUGGAUUUCCUACACGAAGGAGUAGGAAAACAAGCAAAGGUGAUACAUAGGGACAUCAAAACUGAAAACAUCCUGUUAAACAAUGAUUGGAAAGCAAAACUGGCUGAUUUUGGGCUUUCGCUAAUAUGUUCAAUAAAUCAGGAAACAGACUAUAUCAUCGAUCAUGCGUGUGGCACAAGAGGAUACGUGGACCCACUUUAUAGACAAUCGGGAUUCCUAACCAUAGAGUCUGAUAUUUACUCGUUUGGUAUUGUUUUAUUUGAGAUUUUAUGCGGGAGAUCAACGUUUGCAAUCCACAAACAUGAGGGUCACUAUCUACCGGAUUUCAUUAAAAACAACUUUGAAGAAGGAAAGCAUGCUGAGGUGGUGUUCGAACAAAUAAGGGAACAAAUCGUGCCACAAUCGUUGACUACAUUUCAAGAGAUUGCCUACCAAUGCCUACAUCUUGAAAGAGAAAAACGGCCGACAACAAAAAAAGUUUUGGUAGAACUUCAGAAGGCAUUGGAAUUUCAAUUGAAUUCGGAGGUUUCCAUAAUUGAGACACAAGUAGUUGAGCUAUCCAGUGAAUUGAACGAUAUCAACAUGACUGGCAAAUCUGAAAAUUCUGAAAUACGUAACAAGGAAAAGAUGUUACUUGACCAAACCGAUGACCAAGCUGAAUCUGACUGUCGAAAGUAAAGACUCUCAGGAAGGCUGCUACACUUUGUCGGCUGAAUAUCUCAUAAACGAAUGCACGUAUAUGAAAAGGAGGCUUAGUUGCAGGUACUUUUGGUUGGUGUAUUAGGUGGGGUGGGUUUGGAAUAAACAGAUUCGUGUUCAUACGGGUCUUGUUUCAUAUAGGUUUAAACCGGCAAGCUGGAUUGAGUUGCACUGUUAUUUUUUUGUAUAUAACUUAAUUUGUUUGUAUAAAUGAAUGUCAUGUUGAUGCUUCUUUAGCUAUAAUAAAGGCAUCAAAUUUCGUUGUAGGCC